GAGUGUCAAAUGAAAAUAACGCACGCCGCGUGCCUUGAUGACUCUUAAAUAUUGCUGACAGGAUUAGAUGUGCGUUCUUCUUUAGCGUUUUAACACCGUGAGGAGCAAUGGAGUUGAGUUCCGCUGUUAUUUUACUCUGUCUUGUUGACGCUACACUUGGAAUUCGUGAUAUCAAACCUAGGGAUGUACAGGCCACAUCACAGUCUCGGUGUUCAGUAACAUCCACCCUGCUGGACAUCCUGAAGAAUGAUCUGAAACGCUUGGAAGACAGAUACGAUGUUCUGCAGGACGUCUUGAAGAACGACAUUAAAGAUCUGAAGCAGAACAAUAAGAAGUUAGAAAGCAGAUACGAUGAUCUGGUGAACAAAUAUGCUAAGCUUCUACAGGCAACAACAACUUUACAAGUCAAAUUUGCAAACUUCACCGCAGAAAAUCAAGGCGCAAGUGGCCGGGACUGCGCUGAAUUGUACAAGAACGGCGUGAAGUUGAACGGGGUGUAUACCAUAACACCUGAUAACAGUCCGAACGCAUUUAACGUCUACUGUGACAUGACCACUGACGGAGGAGGAUGGACACUGUUCCAGAAGCGCAUGGACGGUUCAGUGGAUUUCUACCGUGGCUGGCAGUCUUAUAAGCAUGGGUUUGGAAAUCUGAAUGGAGAACACUGGUUAGGGAAUGAUUUUAUUAAUGUCAUCACUAACCAAAGACGGUACGAGCUGCGUGUUGACUUGGAAGACGCCAAUGGCGUAAGGCGUUACGCCAAUUACGACCACUUCGCUAUAGCGUCGGAAAGAGCUAAGUACCAGUUGACUCUUGGGACUUACUCUGGAAACGCGGGGGAUUCUCUGAAACUCCAUAAAGGCUAUGCUUUCACCACAAAGGACAGAGAUAACGAUGCAUAUGCAAGGAAUUGUGCACAGGAAUACAAGGGAGCUUGGUGGUAUGACAAUUGUCACCAUUCCAAUCUGAACGGCCUGUACCACCUGGGUGAUCACAGCUCGUACGCUGAUGGCGUCAACUGGAAGACAUUUAAAGGGCACUACCACUCCCUGAAGACAACGGAGAUGAAAGUUCGUCCUGUCGGCUUCAAGGCUGCUUCUAGCAGUAGUGGUUAGGCAGUGCUCGCAUCUUCAUCAUAAGCAGAACUAAUAUAUUCUCUUGAAGUUAUGUAAGAGAAAAAGAAACACAAAUAAAUUUUUAGGUAUUCAG